AUGGCGGUGCCCAGCAUAGGCUCGGUUGUCACUUUCGCUGCUAGCUGUUGCGGCGCCGCGACAUGCUCUGCUGUGUGCAGCGCGUGCGGUAAAUGUGGCAACAGCGUCGCCACCCGCAUCGCCUACGCUCUCCUCCUCUUAGUCAACUCGAUUCUCUCGUGGAUCAUGCUCACGCCUUGGGCCAUCAAGAAACUCGAACACCUCACACUCGACUAUGUUAAAAUCGACUGUCCCACCGGGCCAAUGGUUAUGGUUGGCUAG